AUGCCUCUGAGCAUACAUCUCAACAACCACAAGCGCUGGUACUCUGGGGGCGAAACGAUAAGCGGUCACGUCAAGUUCCAGUGUACUCAAGCGACCGAAAUUGAUGAUAUCCGCGUGACUUUCACCGGACGCACCAAAGCCAAAGUCCAGAAAGUCAAGGGAUCGGCGGCUCCUUCAGCCAGCUAUCGCAGCAAAUGUGUGCUGUUUGAGAAGGAGAGAAUCCUAUCACAUCUCAAUGGCGGCACACUAGAUCCAGGGACUUACGAGUGGCCAUUCAAUUUCUCGUUUCCCGCCCAUGUUCAGUCGCCAGGCUCCUCGUCCGGGUGGUCCGAGAAGCCUCCUUUCCGCAGCGAUGUGAAUCAUCCGCUACCGCCGUCGUUCGCAGUCGAGACGGGGGACUCCCUUCGUAAUUUGGAAUGCGUGAUCGAGUACCGAGUACAGGCUGAAAUAUCCAAGCCGCAGAGAGGUCUCUUGGGAAAGAGAUCGACCUUGUUCAAGGAGACGCUGCACUUGAGAUAUCUCCCCUCAGCACCGAACGCGGAGAAGAGCGGUGACCAGUCUACCCUUUAUCGACAACAAAGAGAGGAAGUUUUCGAGAUCCGCAGCAUCUUGCUCCUGCCUGAAAACAGAGGGCGAAGUCUAACCUUCCAGGAGAGAUUUCAAUCAUGGGUCUCGGCCAAACUGCCCCGUUUCAGCUUCAAAGCAACGUUCUCCUAUCCCACCUGCGUCAAACAAGCAUCGGCUAUUCCAUGCUUGUUAGAAGUCCUCCCAUUCAUGGAAGACUCAUCUGUCAGCCAGCCUCCGGACAUUGUACUGCAAUCUUUGUCAUUGUGGGUGGCCAGUGAAACCGCUGCUCGGGCUGCGCCUUCUCUGAUAGGUGCAUUGUCAGGACAGGUGGACGAAAAGAUCGACUUGCUAAGUCAAAGUCAUAUCGCGAUGCCUGUUAUGGGGACUCUAGAUCUGUCCCAAGCUUUCGGGCCACUGAGGCUUGGCCGGUCGGACAUAUCGUUCAGCACGUUCAAUCUCAGCAGAUCCUACAGACUUUGCGCUUCCUUCGUGUUUGAGUGCGCUGGAAAGUCGGUUGAAUUCGAUCUCACCGAUAUGCCAUUCGACGUGGUGGCCAAAGUCGAAGCGAACUGGGAGGAAGAAGCACAGAGUUCUUGCGCGCAGGGCUCCCCGCCGCCAUAUGACCCUGCUUCUAGUGUAUCGACACCGAAUGAUAAAAGAUAGACGUCUAGCCCCGUGUGAAUGGUGCGACGUGGGCUUCAAUCGUUGUAUCGGGCCAGGCUUUGACAAUGCGGCCGGACUGGAAACUCCUAGAUGCAGGGAUCGCACGAGGGUGAGAUUGGCGGCCGAGAGUUGGCCCUGGUGACGCGGUAGCAGACCAGUUCCCGAGCUAGAUGUGGGUUGAAACCCGACCAUUUGUCACAUUGGGAAAUAUAAUAUCCUCGUCUGCUACCUCCGGAGGAGGUCAAAGCCUCUGAAUAAUCGCUGAGGUGUUGCAGAAACAGCAGAAACAGCAGAACCAGUUAAGCAUGAGCUAUAUCCGUCCCCAUGAUAUGAUCUUUGAGCUUCGCCAACCGCGUGAUAUAAUAUGUGCUCCUCGAGGAAAUAUCGAGAUUAUGCUAAAGGACCAAGUACCUUAUCAAUGGGGGC